AUGAUUCAACAUCCAGAUACUGAUUAUAUUGAUUCUCUGGAUAUAGAGAUAAAGGAGCAGCCAGUUCAUUGUUCCCACGUUGAAAAUGAACUAGACGGUUUGCCAUGGUAUUUUGAUAUAAAGAAGUACUUAGAAACCAAAAAUUAUCCUGAUGAUGUAACAUCCAACCAGAAGAAGUUGAUACACCGUAUGUCUCUCAACUUCUUUCUAAGUGGAGAAGUCCUUUACAGGAGGACUCCAGAUUUAGAUCUUCUCAGAUGUAUCGAUGUUAUUGAAGCUGCGAAGCUUAUUGAACAAAUACAUGCUGGAGUUUGUGAUGAAAUGCAGACUGAGCUUCACCUGUGUACCCAAGCUCUAUUUGAAAGAUCUCCAAAAGUGAUAAGUGAACUGGGAUCCCCUAUCCGAAAGGAUAGAUAA